AGAGUGAGCGCCGGUUAUGCCGCUGGGUCGAGCGGGUGCACACAGCGCGCGGCUCCGGCGGGCGGUCCCACUCACCGCCGCCUCGCGCUCCACCAGGACUGCUGGGACAGACGUAUUCCUCCUGUGUAUUUAUGAAUAGGCUCCUCUUGGGGGUGGGGGGGAGUGUUUGGACACUGUAAGAACGUAAACGAAGUGUAAAGACGACAUGGAAUUUCCGGUUUUGCAGAGAUGACCGAUGGUUUGGUCAAAGAAUAACUUAUUUUGGUCACAAGAGAGGGAAAGUUGAGCACCACCUCCCAUCUCUCCGGAGGACUUGAUUCAAAGUUGAAAACCAAGAUGGCCGCCGAUUCCGUGCAGGGGGAUGCCAGGGGCCAGCUGGUGUCGGAACAGCUGGGGCUUGGCCAGAACCUGGAUCUGUCUGACACCAUGGUCCAGCAGAAACUGGACGAGAUCAAGGACCAGAUCCGCCGCGAGAUCCGCAAAGAGCUCAAGAUCAAGGAGGGAGCAGAGAACCUGCGCAAGGUGACCACGGACAAGAAGAGCCUGGCCUAUGUGGACAACAUGCUGAAGAAGUCCAGCAAGAAGGUGGAGGAGCUGCAUCUGGAGCUGCAGGAGCUCAACGCCCACCUCGUGGUCAAAGACCCGGAGGAGCUGCUCGAAUGCCCCCUGACGCCGGACACGCCCAACAGCGAGGCCAGGAUGUUCACCAGCAGCAGUCGCCUCGCUGCCCUGAAGAAGCAGAACGACAUCGAGCUGAAGGUCAAACAGGGGGCGGAGAACAUGAUCCAGAUGUACUCCAACGUCUCCUCCAAGGAUCGCAAGUUGCUCGCGGCCGCUCAACAGAUGCUCCAGGACAGCAAGAUGAAGAUCGAGUUCAUCCGCAUGCAGAUCCUGAAGGCCAGCCAGGCCAACGAGUUGAGCUUCGAUAACAACGACGUUAUGGCCAAGCCCAUCAUCAGCCCCCUGGACCUGCGGGUGGAGGAGCUUUGUCACCACGCCAGGAUAGAGUCCGCCGUCGCAGAGGGCGCCAAGAACGUCAUGAAGCUCCUAGGAACCGGGAAGGUCACCGAGAAGAGGGCACACUCGGAGGCCCAGGCGCGGUUCAACGAGUCCAACCAGAAGCUGGACCUGCUGCGCUACUCCCUGGAGCAGCGGCUCAGCGAGCUGCCCAAGAACCACCCGCGCAGCAGCAGCAUCGUGGAGGAGCUGGCGCUGCUGUCGUCCCCGGCCCUCAGCCCCAGGGCCAGCAUGCUGUCCACCCAGAACCAGUACAGCACCGUGGCCAAGCCCGCCGCCCUCACAGGCACGCUGGACGUCAGGCUGAUGGGCUGCCAGGACCUGCUGGAGAGUGUGCCGGGCCGCUCCAAGGCGGCGUCGGUGGCGCUGCCGGGCUGGAGCCCCAGCGAGACGCGCUCCUCCUUCAUCAGCAGGGCCAACCGCAACCGGGGCGCCAGCGCACGCAACCUCACCAAGAGCGAGGACCUCUCCAAUGAGAUCAGCGCGGUGCUGAAGCUGGACAACACGGUGGUGGGGCAGACCGGCUGGAGGCCCGGCAGCAACCAGUCCUGGGACCAGAAGUUUACAUUGGAGCUCGACCGGUCCCGUGAGCUGGAGAUCUCGGUGUACUGGAGGGACUGGCGCUCGCUGUGCGCCGUCAAGUUCCUGCGUCUGGAGGACUUCCUGGACAACCAACGCCACGGCAUGUGUCUCUACCUGGAGCCCCAGGGCAUGCUGUUUGCUGAGGUGACCUUCUUCAACCCCGUCAUCGAGAGGCGGCCCAGGCUCCAGAGACAGAAGAAGAUCUUCUCCAAGCAGCAAGGGAAGACCUUCCUGCGGGCCCCUCAGAUGAACAUCAACAUCGCCACGUGGGGCCGGCUGGUGAGGCGGGCCAUCCCCACGGUCAGCACCAACUCCUUCAGCCCCCAGGCCGCGGACUCUGGGCCCAGCAGUCAGCCGGGCUCCCCCACACCCUCCAGUGACACGCUGGUGACCAAGCUGGACUUUGACAAGGAGCCAAUCCCAGUACCCAAGCAUUACCCUGAGCCAGGUGACAUCAGCGAACCCCUGACACAGGACAAGAUGGCCGACAAGGAAGAGGUACAGGACGCCCUGGCGUCGUUUGACUUCCUGAACAGGAGGAACAGCAUGGCGGUGAAGACGGAGCUGGACCACCUGGUGGACCAGGAGCUCCAGCAGCCGGAGCUGGAGCUCAGCGCCCUGCAGCAGGACAACCAGCUACGGGAAGAAGAGCAUUUCCACUUCAGCCUGAAGGACUUCAAGUGCGUGGCGGUGCUUGGUCGAGGUCACUUUGGAAAGGUGCUGCUGGCGGAGUACAAGAGCACCGGGGAGAUGUUCGCCAUCAAGGCCCUGAAGAAGGGAGACAUCGUGGCCCGGGACGAGGUGGACAGCUUGAUGUGUGAGAAGCGUAUCUUCGAGACGGUGAACAGCGUGCGCCACCCCUUCCUGGUCAACCUGUUUGCGUGCUUCCAGACCCAGGAGCACGUGUGCUUCGUCAUGGAGUACGCCGCCGGGGGGGACCUGAUGAUGCACAUCCACGCCGACGUCUUCUCCGAGCCCCGCGCCAUAUUCUACGCCGCAUGUGUUGUAUUAGGAUUACAGUUCUUACACGACCACAAGAUUGUGUACAGAGAUCUAAAGCUGGAUAAUCUGCUGCUGGACACGGAGGGUUAUGUGAAGAUUGCGGACUUUGGGCUUUGCAAAGAAGGGAUGGGUUUCCGGGACCGCACCAGUACGUUCUGCGGCACGCCCGAGUUCCUGGCGCCCGAGGUCCUGACGGAGACGUCGUACACGCGGGCCGUGGACUGGUGGGGCCUGGGGGUCCUCAUCUUCGAGAUGCUGGUCGGGGAGUCCCCGUUCCCCGGUGACGAUGAGGAGGAGGUGUUCGACAGCAUCGUCAACGACGAGGUGCGCUACCCGCGCUUCCUCUCCACCGAGGCUAUCUCCAUCAUGAGGAGGCUGCUGAGACGGAGUCCGGAGAGACGGCUGGGCGCCGGAGAGAAGGACGCCGAGGAGGUGAAGAAGCACCUGUUCUUCAGGAACCUGGACUGGAACGGGCUGCUGGCCAAGAAGGUGAAGCCCCCGUUCGUGCCCACCAUCCAGGGCAACAGCGACGUCAGCAACUUCGACAACGAGUUCACGUCGGAGGCGCCCAUCCUGACCCCGCCCCGCGAGCCGCGGCCGCUGGGGGCCGACGAGCAGAACAUGUUCCACGACUUUGACUAUAUCGCCGACUGGUGCUAGCUCCCCCCCCGGAUCCCCCCUCCCUCAGCACCCACACACACACACACACACACACACACACACACACACACACACACACACACACACACACACACACACACACACACACACACACACACACACACACACACACACACACACACACACACACACACACACACACACACACACACACACACUGUGAACCAACCCGCAGAGCAAAGACUGUAGCUCGCGCUCUUAUUGUGGUGACCGGUUUUAUAGGACCGUCAGGUGGUCCGCCCGACGACCGCGCCGAGAGGGACCAUUGCUCGGCGGGCCUCUGGGCGCGCUCAGUGCGGCCGGGAAACAGACAGGUCAGCCCCUCCCACUCCCCCGCCCCGCCACACCUCUCUCUAUUUUUUUAAUCAACAUGAAGAACUUUUUUUAACAGAAAAACGGAUUAAAACAGAUAACAGGAGUGAAGGACGAUCAGGAGGGAUGUUGCGUUCUUCUGUUGUCGUUGCCAUGGUGCCCACGGUCUGACCACUGAGAAUGUUUUCAUAUGAACUCCGGGCGGAUGACAUCACAUCAUGUUAUUCCAUGUUUGUUUUUAUUUUUUAAUGUGUUUUUUAUUUGAUUUUGAGCUGUACAGAUUAUAUUCCUCCAUAUAUUUUUGUUGUCUCCACCUUUGACUCACUUAUGAUGAACAUUUUUGAAAAGUUGUAUUAGUGAAAUAUGAUUUUGUUUUUGGAAGUGCUUAAGCCAUCGUCUUCACUGAACUAACUGACAGUCAACUGUAACGGACAUCCUGAUGAUGACUACUACUGUUCGUAUUCACUUGAAACCCCAAGAUGGAGCAUACACACAGUAGAUACACACACUAAAGUACGUUGUAUCCGGUCCCGGCCUUGUAAACAGCCUGCCCUAGGCUCCCAUUUUAAGUUUUCGUUGAAAAAACGUUUUGCAUUUUCUUUUUUUCAUAUUCUGUUUACAGUUGAUCUGAAUUCUGAUCCAAACACUUAAGUCUGCCCAACCAGUGUUACAAGCUAGGUUACGUAUAAAAGAAAAACACUACUCUUUGUCGUCUUAAACAUUAAGUUGUCAAGAAAUGUUGUCCUAUUGUUUCAGAUGGAAGAACGGGAAAAGAACAAGAUGCUAAUAAAACAAGAUGAGGGAAGGUGAAACACUUAAUAUUGUUUAGCAGUUGAAUCCUUCAUGCCCCCUACAGGGUCCUCUGAAAUAACCCAAACAGUGGUGGCACUGACCCAGUUCUCCAAUAUACCUCCUCUUAUAUACAGGUGAAUCUCAAUUAAUUAGAAUAUUGUGGAAAAGCUAUUUCAUUUCAGUUAUUCAAUUUAUAUUAUAUAAAUGGACUCCACCAAAGGUGAAUUAAUUCAAGCCUUUAUUUGUAUUAAUCUUGAUUAUGGCUUGCAGCUCAUAAAAACCACAAAAUUGUGAAACAGUUCAUCGUUGUAGACUCAUGGUGUCACUCUAAUCAGCUAAUUACCUCAAAAUACAGCUCUCUUUGGACAGCAAACUUCCUUGUGGAGCCUGUCAAUGACUGUCUGACAACUGUCAGGUCAGCAGUCUUUCCCAUGAUUGUGAAGCCUACUGAACCAGACGGAGAGGCCGUUAAAAAAAAAAAAACAGGGGUUUUCAGGUAAUUCAUUAAAGUUUGACACCUUGAGUCUACAAUGUUAAAUUUUUUCACAAUAUUCAUUUUCUGAAAUACAGUAUUCUGGGUUUUCAUGAGCUGUAAGCCAAAAUCAGGAUUAAUACAAAUAAAGGCUUGAAAUAUUUAACUUCUGGUGUCAUGGAUCUAUAUUACGAGUUUCACUUUUUAAAUUGAAUAAUGGGAAUGAAUGAACUUUUCCACAAUAUUCUAAUUUAUUGAGAUGCCCCUGUAAUAGUAAUGCCUUUUACUAUAUAUUCAAUGUUGGGUUUCCUUAGAUGGUCGUUUUAACAGCGGGGCGCACUGGGCCUAUAAAUGUUAAGGUUCGAAUUGUGACUAGUUUCUGCCGAAAGAGAUAAAACCAGCCAAUGAGA